AUGGAACCAACUGAUGUAAAGGACACUAGGGCAGACAUUCUUAUAGACAUAGGCGUGCAAGCUGCUGAGGAUGAGCAUGAGGGAUUUUUGGGUGGUCUGAGUGACCCAUCCGUGAUGACCCAGUAUGCGGAUCACGUUGCUUGCAGCAUAUGGACGGGAGAGGAGCGUCCUGAGUUGAAGUUAUCCUCUCACGGAAGGAAGGUCCAUAGUUUAGGCAGGCUUGUCCCUGCCAUUGAGGGACUAGUUGCUGGGACAGGACUAAGUCCUCUGAUCGCGUGUUCAGUAGACACUGGCGAUCAGGGACUUUUGUCCUCGUUUGUCGAGCGGUGGCACCGGGAGACGUCUAGUUUCCAUCUCCUUGUGGGAGAGCCCACGAUCACGCUGGACGACGUCUCCUCGCUUUUGCAUCUGCCUGUGGUUGGCGACUUGCAUGCCUUUCAGCCCUUGUACGUAGAUGAUACAGUUCAUAUGUUGGUGGACUUAUUGAUGGUCUUUACAGAGGCUGCCAAGGCUGAGACAGGGCAGUGUCGUGGACCGUACGUACGCCUGCAAUGGAGUGCAACCAAUGUCCAUGUUGUGUAUUUGGAGGCCCUUCGUGGCCUUAGUCAGACCGGGAGGUACACCUGGGGAGUGGCUGCUCUGGUGCAUAUGUACGACCAGCUGAAUGAUGCUCUAUCAGCAGCAGCCGACAGCUUGGCGUGCUGGAUUUACGAGCACUUUCCCUCAGUCGCGGAGUCCACUGCUGAUCAGGACUACGACGAGGAUUCCCCGCAUGCUCGUAGGUGGAUUGCGACGAAGAAGAUUGUGAAGAGCAUAAGUACACCGGUGUACAGGGAGCGCCUGGACCGACUCUAG